GUACUUGUUGAAUGUUUGAUUUCGAAUUCUAAAUACAGUACAUUCGUUAGUGCUUGUUUAGUACUUCUUGAUUCAAUUACGUUAUCCCUGGGAUUCUUAGUUCAUACUAUAAUUCAAAUACUUCUAAUUAUCAUAUUGGCGUCGCGAUGGAGCCUGCGAUGGAACAGUUAGAUAUUCAUUCAACUUCUGAAGCUUUUGAGGACUAUUUGGAAAGGUUUGAAAUUUGGAGCAUGACCAAGAAGGAUGUUAAAGGUGAUAAAAUUGUGGCUUAUUUCCUGACAUUCAUCGGAAAAGAAGCAUACAGCUUAUUGAAAACCUUGGCAUAUCCAGAAAAACCUAUCUCACUUCCUUAUGCAACUAUUAAGGAGUUAUUAUUAAAUCAUGUAAAGUGCACUAGUUUUGAAUGCCGUGAAAGGGCAAAAUUUCAUAAGAUGACUCGUCGAAAUGACCAAAAGGUUAAAGAAUUCAUUCUUGAAUUGCAGAAACAAGCUGCCAAAUGUAAUUUUGGUGAUCAACUUCAUGUGCAACUGAGAGAUCGAUUAAUUGCAGGAAUUAACUUGCCGGGUUUGGAAAGAGAGCUGUUAAGAAUGCAGAACUGUUCCUUUCAAGAUGCUAGAACUGCGUGUAUUAACUACGAGGCAGUGAAUGAACUUGAUAUCCAGUCGAUGAAUAUUUCUAAUACUUUGCUUAGUCGUCAUGAUGAAAUACAAUCUCAGGGUCAAUCAAAAUUGCGUUCGUUUAACAGUGGUUCCUAUUCUCGUGUAAAUAUGAAAGAUAUCUCAACAAGGAAUUACAAAAGAAAUCACAAAGGUGAGACCAAGUUUGGCAAAUGUUUAUCAUGUGGAAAAAUUCAUUCUCGUAAUUCAUGUGCAUUUCGUAAUGCUAAAUGUUUUAGAUGUGGUAAGAUAGGACACAUUCAAUCAGUAUGCAAAGCUACUAUUCAUUUUGCCUCAAGUAGCACUAAAUCUUGUAAUUUAGAUCCCGGUGAUUCAGCUGUUCCUAAUGAUCACUUAUCUUUGUCUACUGUUUCGAAAGGUAAUGCUCAUAUUCAAAAGCGAUUAUAUACAUCGCUUGGUUCAUGUCAUGACUUUAUUGUUGACACAGGCAGUAUAGAGUCCAUUAUUUCAUUCAAGAACUUGAAAUCUUUAGAUCCUAAUGUUGUGGUACGACCCACUGAGGUAUCAAUAUUGGGGAUUACUGGACACAGACUGCCUAUACGAGGAUGUUGUGAGUUGCUAAUAAGAGAUGAUAAUUCUUCGUACAUACCUUGUGAAUUUUUAGUUAGCGAAACAGGACUGUCAAUAUUGGGCUUAAGGAAUUUGAAAAGGCUUAAAGUGGAGCUGUCUUUCCUAGUUUCUAAAGAAAACAAUGAUGCUUUACUUAAAAAUUUGAUAGCCACGUGUGCUAAGUGCAGUGGAGGUAUGAAGAUUCAGCCUAUAAAACUUCAAGUACAGGGUGAACCAGUAUUUCUUAAAAGACGAAUAAUUCCUUAUGGUCUUCGAGAGGCAGUACAUAAAACAUUAAACGAUUUGUGUGCGAAAGGCAUAAUUGAACCGAUCCAGUCCUCAGCAUGGGGUACUCCUAUUGUUACGCCACUGAAGUCGGAUGGCAAAACCCCUAGAAUAUGUGGUGAUUAUAGAUUAACACUGAAUUCCCGUUUGUUGAAGCAAACGUGCACGACGGUCGAGGCUGAAGAUAUUCUAAAUCGACUUCAUGGUUCUAAAGUGUUCUCGAAAGUUGACUUAAAAGAUGCUUAUCUCCAAAUCCCUUUAGAUCAAUCUUCAUCUCUUUUGACGACAAUUAAUACUCCUUUUGGUCUGUUCAAAUACAAUUUCCUUCCAUUUGGUCUAAGUUGUUCUCCAGCUAUAUUUCAGGAAGUCAUGAAUAAUGUAGUUAGUGAUCUUGAGGGCGUUGAAGUUUAUCAAGAUGAUCUCAUUGUCCAUGGUUCUGAUAAGGUAGUUCAUAACCAGAGACUUAUUGCUUUAUUGCGUCGUUUAAUUGAGAAGAAUAUUACAGUGAAUCCACAUAAGUGUUCAUUUUGUGUAUCUAAUUUCGAAUGUCUUGGAUACCUAGUUGAUGGUAAUGGUUUUAGACCAGAUAUGAAACGACUAGCUCCACUGACAAAUGCACCGUCUCCAAAAAACCUUACGGAACUACGUUCACUAGUGGGUGCUCUUCAAUACUAUUCCCGUUUUAUUCCUAAUUUUUCUUGUCGUGCAAAUUGUUUAUUUAAUAUUUUGACAUCCAAUACAUUUAAAUGGGGUGAGGAACAAGAGUCAUGCUUACGUAGUCUACUAAAGUUUCUUCAAAGUGAUGCUGUUCUUCGAACUUACUCCCCUAGUGUACAGUCUGUACUUAUCACUGAUGCAUCACCUGUGGGUAUUGGCGCAGUUUUGGAACAGGAGGGUAGACCAGUUAUUUGUGUUUCACGCAAACUUACUGUUACUGAACAAGGUUAUUCACAGCCUCAGCGAGAAGCAUUAGCUGUGUAUUGGGCUGUUAAAAGACUCCAUAAAUAUUUAUUCGGAAAGAAAUUCACUAUUGUUACUGAUCAUGAGGCUUUAAAGUUUAUUUAUCAUCCUGAAAAAUCCUUAGCACGUUCCUCAGCUGCUAUGGUUCAACGAUGGAGUAUUGCUUUAAGUGCCUAUGACUAUACCGUUCAGCAUAGGAGUGCCAAACAAAUUCAACAUGUUGACUACAUUUCUCGACAGUCAUUACAAGAUAAACCUGUCAAUACUUCAGACUGUUUGUUAGUGCAACCUUUACCAGUGAAACGUCCAGAUCUCAUUAGAGAAACUCGUAAAUACUUUGGAUGUAUAAUUAAUGCUAUACGGAAAGGUUGGAAUGCUAAUUUGAAACGUAGAUUUCCUAUCUAUUUUUCAAAGCGGGAUGAGCUAUCUACUACUCCUGAUGGUAUUUUGUGUUUAAAUGAUCGUGUUGUUAUUCCUCCUUCAUUGCGUAAAUCUGUCCUAGAAGAUCUUCAUAGUGGACAUUUAGGUGUUGAAAAAAUGAAGUCAUUGGCGAGGCUCACAUGUUGGUGGCCAGAGAUAAAUGCGGAUAUUUGUCGUACAGCAAACAAUUGUGAAAAGUGUCAUAAGCUGAAAAAUCAGCAUUCGAAGUGGACUCCAUGGCCAGUAUCGUCUGAGGCCUGGCAGAGAAUUCAUGCAGACUAUUGUGGUCCGUUUCUUGGCAAAUACUAUGCGCUUGUAGUUAUUGAUUCUUUUUCAAAGUGGCCUGAAGUUUUCUUCACAACUUCACCAAAUUCUGACUUCACAAUUCAAGCAUUAAGAAAGGUGUUUAGUCGAGAAGGGGUUCCAAUGGUGUUAGUAACUGAUAACGGCUCUCAUUUUGCUGCAGAUGCAGUCACUACCUGGUUAAAUGGUAUAGGGUGCAAACAUCUGUUUACUGCUCCCAGACAUCCUUGUUCCAAUGGUCAGGCAGAAAAUUUUGUCAGGACGUUAAAAACUGCCAUUGAUUCUAUUGCUGCCUCAACAUUUAAUGAGCUGGAGAGGGGAGUAGAUACCUUUCUACUGCAAUAUAGAAAUGCCAGACAUUCGGUGACGAAAGAGACUCCAUCAAAACUAUUAAAAGGAAGAACUCUUCGGUCGAAUAUGAGAUGUUUGGAGUCUGCAGAAGUUACAUAUUAUCGUGGCAAUGAUCUUCGACCAUCCACGGGGAUCGUUCUGAAGAAUGUCGGGAAAUCUAUGGUGCGACUUCUAGAUAUCAAUGACUUAAGUACACACAAUCGACAUGUUGAUCAAAUACAAUUGCAGCAACCAGUGCAUUUUAGAUAAUACAGAGUCUUUAUCCAAUACAUUGUCGGACAGACACAGCAUGAACUUGAGGAGAAGACGUACAAUUGAUUACAGACACUUAGACUCUAAUUUAAGCUGUGGCGGAUGUGGUGUUUGAAUGAACUAAUGACUCCUUUGUACUUGUUGAAUGUUUGAUUUCGAAUUCUAAAUACAGUACAUUCGUUAGUGCUUG